AUGGAUUCGGAGCCGCCGUACAUCUACAAGGAAACUCGGGUCAAUCUCGACUCUGCUUCCACAGCGUCGAUCGUCCAUAUCCGCUUGCCCUCAGCCACCCAGAACAGGUCCAGAGACCGUCGAACUAUUGGCUCUGAGAAAUACGCCGAGGAAGAGAGAGCAUACCGAGCAAAGAACCUAGCGACAGCCUCCUCCAUCUACCACCGCAAGCACCACAACGCGCCGCGCAGCUUCUUGUGGAGAGUGCUGGAGGACGACACCGUGUUGAGUGUACGAGCGGUCGACAUCUCCAAACAACAGAAUGCACAUGAUGCAAACCUCAUUCUUCACUUCCAUUUCGCCAAUGCUAUCCGCCCUUCCUGCAUUGCGUUCGCCGAUCCCCUCGAGCACGACGCCCUGAGCAUAUUUGUUUUGGACCAGUCGAAUUACCUAUACACUCUCCUGCUUCGUCCCGAUCACUUUCGCAAGCGAUCAGCUACAGAGAACGGACUGGGCGACUCCUGCAAGACGUAUCUAUCAUCCACAUUUAGCUUCAAACACCCACACCGACUAUCCGCAGCUAGUGCAGACCAAAUCAUCGUUACUUUGCACGAUGGCGGUCUCAUAAGAUUUGAUCAGAACAAGGGACAUGACACCGUUGUUCGUCCAUGGAAAGACACUAUCUACACCGCCCAGGGCUGGGCCAAGGGUUUGCGAAGCCUUAUUCCCUUCCAAGGAGGCCCGACGAUCAAGCAUGGGAGGGUCAACAUGGAGCUGAGUGCUGCGACUUCGAUCGCCAUCGAUUCUAUGGGAUUCGACGAUGCAUCCUUUCUUUUCACAGUCUGCGUUGACCACAGAUUGAGGAUAUGGAACAUCCGAACCGGUGCCAUUCUCUACACUGGUGAUAUCUUGAACACCGAACGUAACCCACAAGAGAUUGGCAAGUGGAUCAUUGAACCCGGUCUGGCGAAUCUUGUGAGAGUCGUUGGACGCUCCGAAGGCAAACGCUUGCUCGUGACAUACUCUCCCGUCGGGUCGGGUGAGUUCAAGUUCUGGAAAGUGGAGACUCAAGACGAGAACACAAUCUAUGUCCAUGACUGUUUCCCAGAUCGCAAGCUAGUUCCUCCAGCUCCAUCAUCAGCAGAUGUGUGGACGCUUGCCGACUUCGCAGCUGGGCAGCCUACAGGACGAGAGAUACAUUUGUGGACCUUGUGGAAGAACAAUAUGAGCUAUCGCGUCCAGAAGCUGGAAUUCAGCCCAGAGCAGAACGGAGAGUCAUGCAUUUUGCAACAAAGUGCCUCCGCGCUCCGAUCAGAGUUGUUCGAGGACUCGUCGAAGACAGAUAUCGAGCGCAUCCAAUCUUUUUUCGACAAGUCGGGAUUUUGGCGUCAAGUCUCGGAUGAAGAUGCCGCCCAAGUUGUUGAGGCACUCGGAAAGGAUUUCAAGUCGGUGACUUUUGAGCUGUAUCGGGCUCUUUUAGAGCUGGUGACGGCAACGGAUGAUGCACGAAGUCGAGACAUCCAACAUCCCUUGACCGAGUUCGGCCGCAAAGUCAUUGUAAAGGCAGUUCAACAAACAGUAGGGCUACAUUGGCAGGUGCUGCUCAGCCAGCUUAUUCUCUUGGUACAUAUGGAAUUCGAGUUCGACCAGGAUAACGAAGCCGAUGCGUUGCACUCAAGAUUCGACAUAGGUCUAGUAUAUCGCCAGCUCAUUGUCGCUCUACAGAGAUUGGAGCUGGUGCGAUGGCUGGCAGAAACUGAAAUCAGUGUACCCAUACCCAAACCUGACAGAUCCUCAAUAUCCGCAUCUCCAUCCGCAUUAAAGCGAGCUGGCGAAGAUAUGCAGGUUAUCACAGCAUUCGAGGGCAAUGUCAGUCAUCUUCUAGGCUUAGUUGGUGUCAACGGCGAGCCACUUGCAUCGAACUUGACAGAAGCGGUAAUCGACAUCUGCGCAUCAGACAGCGACAUCGAACUAUCCCCGACACUCAUCCAAUGCUCUUUGCUAAAGCGAGACCGACCCGACCUGGCGCUUGAAUUGACACCGUUCUGUAGUCAGUCACCUUUCUCAACUUACGUGCAGGGCCGGGUGUUCCUCGCUUUGAAGGACUAUACAAGUGCUGCUCUCCUGUUCAAGAAAGCAGCGAUCGGGAUGAGUGUUCCAAUGAAGCAUGCCGACAGACAUAGCGGAGGCUUACUGGACGAUACCGAGUGGAAGCUCCUUAAUUCUGGGCUCGCCAACUAUUAUUCCCACGUGGUCUCCCUUUACGACCGCCAUAAGGCCUACUCUUACGUGGUUGACUUCUCCCGACUAUCUCUGCAGUUCGCAAAUGGUCAGGAUUCGCACUCUAUUAGGACAGAGAUGCUGAGUCGACUAUUCACAGCGUCGACAACCAUUUCUCGCUUCGAACAAGCUCACACGACCCUUUUGUCAAUGACAGACCAGGCCCUACAGCGCUCGUGCCUUAGAAAGCUGGUGGAAAGGAUGUGUGAGACUGCACAGACUGCCGAGCUGAUUGCUCUUCCCUUCUCAGGUCUACAGGAAGAUGUCGACGAGACUCUUCUUCAGAAGUGCCAGGCGGCGACGGACGUUGUCCAAGGGACGCCUUACCAUAAGAUCCUCUAUGCUUGGCGUAUCAGUCACAAUGACUACCGCGGGGCAGCUGCCAUCUUAUUUGAUCGACUCCAGAAGCUACGCCAGGCAGGAGCGGGCGAUAAAUUAAGUGGCGAUGAUGUACUGGAUACCCCAGUAACGAAGCAGUUCCUGAUGCUCAUCAACACGUUAUGCUGUGUGGAUACCAAACAGGCGUGGAUAACCGUCGAGGAGCGAGCUAGACCUACAGAGGUGGAAGCCCCUAAGAGAAAGGUUGUCACGCUUGCGGACAUCCGCAAACAGUACCAGGACGAACUGGACAGAAUUGCUGCCAUCCAGAAUAACCAGUUCGGAUUUACAGCGGAGGAUGAAAUUAUGGAUGAUUCAUGA